AAAACUCAUCUCUAUCUAAAUAAACCCAUCUUCCCCCUCCCCACCCCCCACAGCAGCCUCCUUCCUUCAAAACCCUUUUUUCUCCAUUUUCUCUCUCCUCUUUCCUUUCUUUCCUCCCUCAAUUUUAGAAAUCUUAAUAACUGAAUAAUAUUGAAAAGAUAGUGGAGUGGACCAGUAUAGCUGAAGAAGAUGCAACAAUCAACUGUUAAUGGUAAUGGAAACGGCGGCUCGUCUUCGGAUCAGAACAACAACAGCAACCAGCAACAGCCGCUAUCGGGAGGAGUGGGAACACCACCACCAGCAGGUGCUGUUUGGAUGCAAUACCCGGCUGCGGCUAUGGUAAUGCAGCAUCAGAUGAUGGCGGCCCCACAACAUUACCCUCCGCCGCCUCACUAUAUGGCGGCUUACCAUCCUCACCAUCCUUAUAUGCAGCCUCCGCCGCCUCAUCACCACCACCACCAAAGAAAUAACCACCAUAAUAAUAAUAAUAACAAUAGCAAUAAUAAUAAUAAUGCUAAUAGUAAUGGAAAUAAUAAUACUAAUAAUGGAAAUAACAAUAAUAAUAAUAAUAAUGAUGGGUCAAGUGCUGAAAAUAAGACUGUCUGGGUUGGUGACUUGCACCAUUGGAUGGAUGAGAUUUAUUUGAGCAGCUGUUUUGCUUCUGCUGGCGAGAUAGCAUCUGUUAAGGUUAUCCGCAACAAACAGACUGGUGCAUCAGAAGGAUAUGGAUUUGUUGAAUUCUUUACUCAUGGUGUUGCGGAUAAGGUUCUACAGAGUUAUAGUGGACUGAUGAUGCCUAAUGCAGAGCAGCCUUUCCGUCUGAACUGGGCCACUUUUAGCAUGGGUGAUAAGCGUACAGAUAAUGGUUCUGAUCUUUCUAUUUUUGUGGGAGACUUAGCAGCAGAUGUGACUGAUACUAUGCUGCAUGAAUUAUUUGCAACUAAGUACCCUUCUGUUAAGGCUGCAAAAGUUGUCAUCGAUGCCAAUACUGGUCGGUCUAAAGGCUAUGGUUUUGUUAGAUUUGGGGAUGACAGCGAAAGGACUGAAGCUAUGACUGACAUGAAUGGUGUCUAUUGCUCAAGCAGGCCAAUGCGGAUUGGCCCUGCUACUCCUCGAAAGUCUCUUGGGUAUCAACAAGGUGGAUAUGGAUCAAAUGGAAAUGCUGCACAAUCUGAAGGAGAUUCGUCAAACACAACAAUAUUUGUUGGAGGCUUGGAUCCUAGUGUGACAGAUGAGGAUCUUAGACAACCUUUCUCCCAAUAUGGGGAGAUAGUUUCUGUUAAAAUUCCAGUAGGGAAAGGAUGUGGAUUCGUGCAAUUUGCAAACAGAGGCCAUGCUGAAGAGGCUUUGAACAAGUUGAAUGGGACAGUAAUAGGAAAGCAAACAGUUCGUCUUUCAUGGGGACGCAACCCAGCUAAUAAACAGUCAAGAGGUGAUUAUGGAAAUCAAUGGAACGGAGGGUAUUAUGGAGGACCAAUGUAUGACGGUGGUUACGGAUAUGUACCACACCCUCAUGACCCAAGUAUGUAUGCUUACGGAGCCUACCCUAUGUACGGGAAUCAGCAACAAGUAAGCUGAAGACAGAAGAAAACAGGAGAAGCAAAUUAAAGCCUCUAGAUGAUCGAUCAUCGAUCAUCGAUCAUCGAUCAUCGAUCAACGAUAUGUAAUGUGUCGCACUAGCUAGCCAAAAUUGUUUGAUUCUUUCUAGUGUGAGCCUGUUAUGUAGAAAACUUUAUCAACCACUGCCCCUCCUAUUGUGCCCCUCCUAUUGUGCCCCUCCUAUUGUGGAUUGUGGAUUGUGGAUUGUGGAGUGGAACUAAAUUUUGAUAACGCCCAACCUAGUUUUUUCUGUUUUUAUUUUAUAUUACUAUUAGACAUUCAUUUGAGGACAAGUUAUCAAUGGAACGGGCAACUUGCUCCUUACAAUA